AUGAAUAAAGUAUUGUUUCAAAAGAUAUUUAAUAAUAGUGUAUUAAGUAAAUUGAUUUUUAACUUGGUACAUCAUAUUCAUUUCGAUCUUUUAAAACAAAAUCAUUGUAUUUACAAGUGGAAAGAUGUCAUUAAUACACCAUACGUUCUGUCUGGUCAUGGCUAUCUAGAACUAUUGAAAGAAUAUCUCAGUCGGAACAAUAAGAAUAUGUGCGUUUCAUUCAUAGACUACAGUUAUAACUAUCAGAUUCUAGUGGAUGCAGUACGAGGUUGUAAUGGUCUUCAUAUUCUUAAAUUCCUAUUGGAUGAACUACGGAUCGAUCCGUACAAGAUAUGGCAGAGUCAGCAAAACACCACUGAAGAUCUGAUGUAUUUCGCUGCGAAACACGGACGCUUGGAGAUAAUCUACUACCUGGUUGGCAAAUAUAGUCGAUGGGAUUUCUACAACGCUAUUACUGUGGCACCGCUCUCUGGAAACAUGGAACUGUUGAAAUUCAUAGGUUCUCAAGCUUGUGAAACAUUCGAAAACACUGGCGCUGUCAAUUUCGAAAACUAUUUAACUACAACAUACGAUUCAGCUGCAUUGGUCGGUAGAAUCGAUUUCAUUCAAUGGUUACAGGAGAAUCGAUCUCAAGAUCUUCAACUGAAUAAUUGUAGGUUGUAUAACAGUGCGAUCGAAGGUGGUCAUCUUCCUUUACUCCGGUACCUUGUAGAGAACAAAAUUGGUUAUGAAAAGCUAGGAAAUAUAUUCGACUAUGCAACACUACAAAAGCAACCAAACACUCUUGAUAUACUGGAAUUCCUUCAAAUACAUUUUAAAACUGGAUUUUGUACACAGGCAGCAAUGAAUAAUGCAGCUUCCACCAACAACAUGGAGGUUUUACGAUGGUUGCAUAACAAUAGAAGUGAAGGAUGUUCAUCGAAAGCAAUGAACGAAGCCGCCAAGAACAACAAUUUUGAUAUGUUAAAGUGGCUCAAUGAAAAUAGGAGUGAAGGAUGUACAAACUAUGCAAUUGAAAAUGCAAUCUAUCAUCAAAAUAUAGAAAUGAUUCAGUAUCUUCAUGUUAAUAGACCGGAAUGCUCAGAGUUAACUUUUGAAUUAUAUAUGGUUUAUCAUAGUGGUAUUCGAAAAGCAAAGAAUCAAAACAACUAUAAACUCUAUGAGCUAUUAAUGCAACAUGAUAUAUUAAAGUUGUCGGCUGACGAAUAUAUUUAA